AAGCACGGGUGUUCGUAUUUAUUGUGAUUUUUAUGAUUAAUAGUAAUAAAAUAACAAGCAAGUUCGUGUAAAAUGAGUAAUACUGACGUGGAAAAUAAAGUAACAAAAACAAGUGAAAUAAAUGGAGGUGUUAAUGAUAAGACGCCUAAAAAUUGGGUGAAAUUCGACGAUGAGUCUACGCCAACAAGUGAUCCCUUGUCAGAAUCUACAGCGGCGGGUAUUUCGACGGCAGCCACACCAAGCACAUCAGAUACUCCUACUCCUGAACGUCCUGCAGUGCUGAGAACUGAAACUGUACAUGUUAAUUUAGAACGAGGCGACAGACACAUAGAAACAGUCCCUCCUGUUACUCUUUCUAAAAACGUCGAAUUCGUGAAUGUGCGUCAUGGAUUUGCUAAUGGUGACAUAAUCGUGACGCUGCUUCCCAUAAAUUCAAAAUGGCCAUGGAUCACCGCUGCUCACUUCCGACCAGAACUCGUGCCUGAGGAAUUAAUGGCACAAGGACUUACCCUGACAGUUGAAGAAUAUGUGCAUGCAAUGGAACUCCUGGUUAAUGAUGCUAGAUUUACUCUGUACAACAUUUGCUAUAAACGUGUCCUCGUCUGCUGGAUUACUCUGGCUUUCCUUGUUCUCUUAGCAUUGUUAUUUUCGGGGUUAACUGGCCUCACAUUGUUUUCCUUAGGAGUCUUAUGGCUUAUCCUAAAUGCAGCAGCUAUAUUUCUUUGCAUGUGGAUAAAAUUGAGACUCUCAAAAGGUCUGGAACAAUGCCUUGCCAGUGUCAACAAAUUGCUCAAUAAACAUAAACUGAUACUUGCGCUGGAUGACAGAGGAAAGAUAUCAUGUCACAAAGUGAACCUAUGUUUCAUUUACUUUGACUCUGCACCUUGCGUAGCUCAUAUACAGCAGUUCAUUGAGAGUGAAGAAGGCAAGACAAUAAUGCAGGGCUGGGAGCAGAGGCUGGAUGUCUCUGCCAAUGAUAUUGUUAUCCAAGGGAAUCAACAAACUAGAUUAUCCAGGAGACAGGGUAUGGCAGAGCAAGUGUACCUCCGGUACCUGCAGCGGUGGGGCAAAGACUUCUUGCGGCGCCGGCUCGACUGGACUCUUGACGAGGACGGCGGUAACCCCGCGGCGCCGCGACAUUUAGCGCAAGCGCUCUGCCCGUGCCAGUACGUUGAGGAGGUCUUGCGCAAUAAAGAGCCGAAAGACUCCCGCGCCUGUUGCCCGUUCUGCAACGACUGGCUCAGGCGGCGCGGUCUCGAUUGACCAAACCGCUUCACGUUUGGAAAGAGGUGCGCUUCUGUUAUUACGUUACGCGGGCCGAUGGGGUGCCUACGCUGU